AUGUCAGGGAAACCUCAUGGUAAGAAGGUGAUCAAAAAGAAAAAGAAAGUAAAGAAAGAGGAACCGAUCAUUAUACCACCUCCUAUUAUUGAGGCUGAGCCACAAGAUUUUAACGAAUUUCAACUAGGGCCGAAAUUAGGACGUGGUGCAUUUGGAUGCGUGUAUCAAGGCUUAAAUAAAGACACAGGUGAUUAUGUAGCCAUUAAGACAAUCUCAUUAACACGCUUUCCAGAUGCUUUGGAUUCGGUGCAACAAGAAAUUGAUUUAAUGGCACCGCUAGAACAUCCAAAUGUUGUUAAAUACAUUACAAGUCAUCAAACAAAGGACUUUCUAUAUAUUGUUAUGGAGUUUGCAGAAGGCGGAUCCCUUCAGAACGUCCAGAAAAAGUUCGAAAAUUUCAACGAACACUUAGCGUCUAAAUACUUAUACGAGGUUCUCCUUGGCCUCAAAUACUUGCACGAACAGUCCAUCAUUCAUCGCGAUAUUAAAGCAGCAAAUAUCUUACUCACAAAAGGACAUUGCAAAUUAUCAGAUUUCGGUAUUUCAGUAAAAUUAACAGAUAACAAAAACCCAGAUGCACUCUCUCAAUGCAGUCCAUUUUGGGCCGCUCCAGAAGUUAUUUCGAUGGAACCUAUCACAGAAAAAUGCGACAUCUGGUCUCUUGGCAUUACUGCCAUCGAACUUUUCGCAGGACAGCCACCAUACUUUGAGCUAAAUGCAGUCCGCGCUAUGUUUCAGAUCGUACAGAACCCAGAACCGCCAUUACCAAAAGAUAUUAGCGCAAACUUCAAAGAUUUUCUUACUUCAUGCUUAACAAAGAAUGUAACAUUCAGGAAAAAUACAGAACAGCUUUUAAAACAUCCAUUUAUUUUAGAACAUAACGAUUUAAUGGGAGAACAAAAAAUUGAAGGCAAACUUGGUCGAUUCCAAGAAGACACCGAUCUACAGGAAGAUAUUUUCAUGUCUACAAACGUAAAUCUCAAAAAAGCCUCAGAAGGAACCAGUAAUUUUUCAUUAGGCGACGAAGAGCCAGAGGAAUCGCCAUUGCUUGCGGGAGGAAAAUCUGGUGGCCCUACGUCACUUGCCAGCUUCGCAGAAGAUGAAAGCGGCGAUGACGAUUUUUUGGAUUUGCCACCAGCAGAUCCUGAGUCCCAAAUCAACAGAUUAAAGAAUCUUGAGAACCCUCCACAAAGGAACCGCACUCUCAGCUUGUUUAAAGAGGGUUCUUCCGAUUUUGAUGACCUUGAUUCUUCAAAACCAAUAAAACUUGAGAGUAAAUCAUCAAAACAGAGAUCAUUGAGUUCAUUCCAAGAGAAGGAUGACAAUUUCAAUGAUAUUAUGGACAUAAAUCUCGCAGAUGCGAAGAAAAACAUGGAAUCUCACAAACCAAGGCCAUCUCUUAGCACUUUUACAGAAAAAGACGAUGACGACGAUCAAACAUUCAAUCUAAAGAAGCCGAGAACUUCUUUGAGCUCUUUCAAAGAAGAUGACGACGAUGAUUUCGCAGAUUUGAAGCCAAGCCAGCCACAACAAAGACCAUCAGCCAUAAAGCCAAAGCCUGCUGCUAACGAUCUUAGUAAAUUCCAAGAAGAUGACGAUGAUGAUUUUGCAGAUCUUAAACCAGCCACUCCAAAGAUCCAGCAACCUCAGCCAGUUUGUCUACAGCCAAAGCCAGCCGCAUCAGGACUCGACAAAUUCAAAGACGACGACGAUGAUGACUUCGGAGAUCUCAAACCAGCGGCAGCGGCACCUAAACCAGCCAGAAAGAUAAAGCCACAGCCAUUGCUAUCAAAGUUUGCGGAAGAUGAUGAUGACGACUUCGGAGAUCUCAAACUUGCCUCACCAACCCUUACAAAGAUCAGGACAUCCGAUAAGCCAACGAUCGCUAUAAGCGAUGGCAAGCCAUUCUCUCCAAAAAAGAAGCCAAUGUUCAACAUCCAAGAUAAUGGUCCAAGAAAACCAUCAGAAUCCGGUCUCAAACCAUUACCAGGAAAGUCCAGUGGAGGUGGUGGAGGCUUGCAUAUACAGCCGAAACAAGGAGGACUCCAGAUUCAACCAAAAUCUGGCGGAUUACAGAUACAACCGAAAUCCGGUGGUUUGCAGAUCCAGCCAACUCUACAGAUCAUGGGAAACAACCAGCAUAAGCCAAAAGCGAACAUUGACGACUUAUUUACCGGAAUUUUCUCAGCGGCCGAAGAUAACGCCGUCCAGAAGGAAAGCGAGCUCAUGGAUACAAUCCUCAACGACUUAGACGGUUUGAUCCAGUACGCCGAUCAAUUUCGAGCAUCUCAUAAUGACGAUGACGAAGAUGAAGCCACUCUCAAGACCCUUGAAUCAUCAGAGAACUUAAUAGCAAUGACAAAACGCAGACCGAACGAAAUUUGCGCGGAAAUUAUCAAAAUUCUCCACGAAAAUGCGAAGUUACGCGCAAACUUAGGUAUAAGACACGGUAUUAUUCCAAUCUUAUCCGUUGUACAGUGCGAUGUCCCAGAAAUCCUUGAGCAUGCAAUUCCGGUUGUAAUUGAAGUCGUAAAAGACCAGCCAACCCUCAUGAGAUCGUUCUGCAUCAUGGGUUUGGUGCCUCCGCUCCUCAGAUACGCUGAAGAUUGGGUAGAUGAGAAAAGAUUUUACGGUCCGAACGUACAAAUGAACGCUUUGAAGAUGAUUUCAUACAUUUGUGCACUCGGAUGCAACAUCGACUACCAUCUCCUUCAGUUAUUCGUUUCUGCUGGAGGUUUGGUCGGAUUGACAAAUAUUUUCAGACGAAACAGGCAUUCAGAGCGUCCAGAACUCACUCCAAUUCUCAUUGGAUGCGUCCGAUAUGUCUUCAAAGCUCCAAUGUCCACAUCCAAAUCAGCAUUGUCCAGAAUCUUUUCACAAGCAGGCCUGAUCGACUUACUUGCUGAAAGGUAUGCAGAUAUCGACGCUAAUUCCGAAACAAUGCCUUACAUCGCUGAAUUAUUUGUCACAUUUUCAGAAGCAGACAGCGUUGUCCGCUUAAACAUGGCUACUCCUAAGUUUAUCGAUGCCAUAUUCACAAAGGCAGAGAAGGUGGCCGGCCACGAUAACAAAUUAUCCGAUGAAGUUCUUAUUAUGUUGACAAGAGCCAUCAACAACAUCACGAUGGACCAGCAGGUAGCCAAAGCAUUGUGGUCUACAACACUUUGUGACAAGCUCUUGAAUUAUCUACGAGUAGAUAAGGCCGAAGUGUCAAUGACCCAGUUAGUUUCGAACUGCUUCUCCGCCUUGUUCAACAUGACACGCUGCAUGACCCACAAAGAGGCCUCCCAGAUCGCUCCGCUCAUUCCGAUGCUCGUUUACAUCAUAAAGCAUCAAUCAUUGUUAACGGAAUUGGCAAAAACCGUUUUCUUAGAUUUAAUUAAGACACAUUCAAGCGAUUCCAAAGUCCGACAGAGAUUGAGUACAUACAACGCUUUAGGUGUCUUGUAUUCAUUGUUCCACACUCACAACCACAAAGACCAAGUUCUAAAUGGCUUCGAAACUUGGGCUCUUCAGAAACCACAGCAAAUACAGGAAGAAUUGAUGAAACACGCUGAUUUCCCAGCGAUUUGCGCUGAAUUGAUCACAACAAGCGUCGGAACAACAAUGCAGGCGGAUUGCGCUGCAAAGAUAUUAUCUAUUCUUGAGAAAUGCCCUGAUCUAGCAAUUUCUAUGUCAACAUCCGAAUUCGUUGGAACAGUAAUGAAAGUUUUGAGAGGAAAAGUGUUCAGAAGUCACCCAGAAAUUUUGUUGUCUACUUUCAAUAUUUUGGCACUUUUUGUUGAUGUGAAUCCAUCUCCUAAAGCUUUCUUUGCUACGUACAGAGUUGAUGAGAUUGCGCAGAAAUACAGGACAGGAAGUAUCGAUACUGUCAAGGAAGUCGCAAUGAGACUCGUUCGAUCUUUAUCUUCUAACUACAUUUUGUAA